AUGGCUGACCAGGCCGGACCAUCCUCUGCCCCCUCUAGUCGCCCCAUGCACUACGCGACGUUCAUAUUCGACCCCUCACUCACCCGGAGUCGGUACGCCCAGCUGAUCCACCCCGAGGGGCCGGUCCAUGGGUUCAUUCGGCGCCUUGUUGAGAAGCACCAGAAUGACGGGCAGCUCCGAUUAGAAGCGAUCAUCCCCCCACGCCCAAGCUACUCAGCUGGUAGUUCAAAACGCAACUCGGGUCGGAAAGGACAAACGGGGUUCCACGAAUUUCGUCCCUUCUUCUCGGUCCUUCCUGGGAUCAAGAGCCAGUUCAACGAGGCUGAGAUACCUGGCGAUGGAGCCAAGGCCGUCUGGCCUGGAUUUAGGGGUGAGGCGGGACCCGGAAAGGGAGGAAGUGGGAUAGGGAGGAAGAGGAAGCGGGCGAGGAGGGAGGAGGUGGGAUUGUUGGAAGGGGUGAUUACUGGACUGGAGGGCAUGGACAAGGCGGCCCAAGCUAGACAUACGGCCCACCCUCCGCCAGCAUUCAGCUCGCUCUGUCCCGCUGAGGCCAGACCCUUGUUAACAGCACUGUACACACCACCGCCAACACCACCGUACCACUCAGAAGCAUCAUCGGUGACGCCGUCCAGGUAUAUCUUCCUCUUCGCCAAUGGCCAGACUGCCGUACAGGGUACGCCCUCGACGCAAGAUGUAGAGGGAAAGGACGGGGAGUGGAAACCUGUCUCGUCGAGCUGUUGUCGGGAGGCAGAGUGGGAUGCGAUGGGCUGGGAAGAGGUCGGUAGGCGAUGUGGGGAGAUGGGAGCGAAGGUGUCGUUGAUCAUUCUGGGAAGUCCCGAGGGGGACACAGAAGUACCGGCAGCAAAGCGUCUCAAGGCGUUCAUUCAAUCUGCCUCUCCCGGUCCUACUACUCCACCAUGGUUCACCCUCCCUCCUGGGUCAUUCGCGCACCUCGCCCCGCUCGCCGCCGGCUCCUCCACCACCCUCGCUGCUGCUCCUCCACCCACGCGGCCCUCUCCCAACCCCAACUCCACAGGCUUCAGCCCGCUCGUCUCCCUCGACACCAACUCUCCAUCGACCGCACCGCCCCUCCCGCCCGCCCAGGCCAUGGCGAUGCGUUUCCUCGCCCAGCGGGCCAACGGCGCGAAUGGCGGUCCAGGCCAGCUGCCGGGUGGAUUGUCCAACCCGGCCGUCUCGGCGGCAUUGGCCAACUUCAUGACGGCCGCGCGGAAUGGGAAUGUGGAUCCGAACGAUCCGCAGAUGGCGCACUUUAGGCAAAUGAUUCUGAUGCAGCAGCAACAGCAGCUGCAGGGGCAGGUGAAGGACGGGAAGGGUCAGGAUGGGCAAGCAUCUGCGGCGGUGCAAGGGCAAGGGCAAGGGCAAGGAGCGGCGACGGGGUCGCAAAUCCAGCAGCAGGCGCAGACUUCUACGCAGACUCAAAGCCAGGGGACUGAAACGGGAACGGGUGCAAGUACCGGCCAGGGACAGUCGGCAGGAGGACAAGGCGGGAAGGGUAAAGUGUGGAGUGGAGAGAUCGUGUGGCCUACCCAAGGCGCGACUGAACUCCGGAUCGUGUCCUCUAUGCAGGCAGACAUCAACUUUCUCCAGACUUUCGUACGCGAGCACAAGGUCCCGGUGCUUCAGUUUGAUCUGGAUAAUACCAAGCCGAUCGAGCCGAUGGAUACCAAGCGAUUCGAGACGCUCAUCACUGGGUUGAACUCCAAGGGAACUGUGGGGAUUGUCAAUAUUGGCGGAGACGACCGGGGUUUGAUGCUCUGUACGGCGCCUGGUCAGACGGGACAGAUACCUCGAUUGCUUGGUGUACUGUGUAUGUCCGUACCUAUCCCUCGAUCUCCCAAUCGGCAACAAGCGGCCGAUCAGUCCCAGUCGCAAGCACAGACUCAAGCAUCCAGUCAGGCCUCGUCGACACCCCUAAUCCCCUCUGUACCCCCAAGGUCGAUCCAGGCCGAGGCGCUCGCUCAGGCGCAGUCGCAGGUUCAGGCAAAGGCGGCACUCAACCUUCCGGCGCCAUAUAUUGCCCAACAGCAGCAGCAGCAGCAGCAGCAGCAGCAAUAUCAGCCACCUCCUCCACCCCAGCAACAACAACAGCAGCCGCAGCAGCAACAAGCGCAACCUUCUACGAAUACGACCUCCGCCCAGCCCAACUCCCAAUUCUCCUUGGGACAGCUCAAGAUGCUUCUUGAUCAGGCUGCCAGGGUAGGGAUUGAUCUGCCGCCCGAUCUGGAUCCGACGCGCUUUACGCAGGAUCAGCUUAAGGGCUUGGUACAGAGUAUUAGGGUGAAGAAUAUGCAGCGGCAGCAGGCGCAGCAGCAAUUGCAGGCGCAAGGACAAGGGCAGGGGCAAGGGCAGGUGCAGGGGCAGCCGGGUCAGGGAUCAGGGGAUGGGUCUAUGGGAGGAGCAGGUCAGGCGGCAGGGAUGGAUCCGAGGCUGUUGGCCUCGUCGGGAGGGGUGGAUCCGCGGCUUAUGAGCGGAGGUGGGGGAAGCGCAAAUGGGAAUGGGAAUCAGCUGGGUCUGCAGCAGAUGCAGAUGCAGGUUCAGGCGGGUAUGGGGCAGCAGGGUGGGGACGGGGAGGGGUAUAAUCAGCAAGGGAUGGGAUAUAUGGCGGGGCAGCAGUAUCAGGGUGGACAGGGAUGA